AUGAAAUUGCUAAUAACUAUAUUUUUGUGUUUAAGUGCUUAUGCUUUUACAGAUUAAAUGAUGUCUUUAGAAGAACUAGCAAAAUUUGAUGUGAAAAGUGUAGAUUGUACAAAGAAUGAUCAAAUAUCUUUGAUUGAAAAAUAAAUGUAAUAAUGGGAAGACUUAUUAAAACAUUAAAAAGCUAUUACUCAUGAUAUUAAAAUAUUAAAAUCUAUGGAACAUCUAUUAUCAUAAAAAUCAAGUUCAUUUCUAGAAGUUCAAACCUAAAUUUCUGGAAAAAAAUUGAUGAAAAAAUUACAUAAAUUAGAAUUACCUUUAACUAAAAGUAAAAUUGGAUUAGCAUAAGUUUAAUUAUUGAAAGAAUAAUGCAAAGGUUUAGAUUCUGAAAGUAAAAAUUGAAUAUACAUUUAAUAGAUCCUGAAGAAAGAGCUUAAGCAAAAAAGGAAUUAUGUAAACUGUUAAAGGAAUAUGUUAAUAAUCUAAAUAAUUGUAAAUAGUAAUGCACUAAUUCUCCUGUUACAGUUAUUAAGAUUAAAGGAUAGAUUAAAGACUUAGAAAUUAUUAGAGAUAACUGUUAAAAUGGAAAAGUAAGUGGUGUCAAAGUUAUAACAAUAGAUGGUGAGAAUGAAGAAUAUAAAGUAGGACCAGAUGGAAUAGCUGAAAAACAAUGAUUAUUAAUAAAUAUUGAUUAAGAGAAAGAACAUUAAAGCUCUAUUAUUUUAUUAAAUGGAUUAUACAUUUAUAUAAAAUAGUGAGAAUUUCAAUUUCUAUGGAUUGUUCUCCUAUUUCAAAUUAUCUUUUUAGCAAGACUUACAAUUAAGUUAAAUGAUUCAGAAAGCCAAAGAAGAGAAUACUCUUGAGAAAAGAAUAUGUGAUCCAGAAUUUUCAUAUAAUCCAAAAUUAUUUAGUAUCAGCAAUUAUCCUAAAAGUUUUAAUCUAAACAAUAUCAUAAAAUAUUCAUAAAAAGAUACUAAGUAAAAAAUAAUGUCUUGCAAAUAAUUUGGGUUAUAAUUUAAGGAUUAAUAUUUUUAUGUUUUAGGUUUGCGAUCUUUACUAUAUUAACCUAUAACUUUUGAGUAAAGUCUUUAAUAAAUGUGUAUGUUCUAAAACUUAAUUUAGCCAGAAGAUUAUAUCCAUGGGUAGCGUUCGAUGUAUUCCUCAAAAAGAAAUUAUUAGUAUUAUUUUUUAACUUUAUUGAUCAUGUUUAUUGUGAAAUAUAUGAUGGAGAAUAAACUAAAAUUAUUCAUUUUGUUUAAUUAGAAGUAUAAUAUAUUUGAUUAUUUAGAAAGUAACUUAUGGAUUCUAAUUAGAUGAAAUAAUAGUAACAAAUAAUAAUAAAUGCAUAAUCUAUAGAGCUAGAUAUUAGGAAUAAAGAAACUAUAUAGCUGAGGUUUUUCGUUUUGCUAUUGCAAAAGAUCUAGAAAUAAAAGUAAUGUCUCAUUUUAUUAAUCCUAAUGAUUCUGAUUUUAGAGCUAAAAUGAUAGAACAAGAAAAUGUAAUAAUAAUAUUAAAUAUUUUAGAGCUUAAAAGUUGUGUAACAAUCAACCUUUAAAUUAAUAAGAAAUGAUAGAGUUAUUCCUCCUUCACCUUUACUAACAUAUAAAGGUAGAAUUAUUGGUGAUUAUUUAUCAACUCCAUUGCAUGGAAAUUUUACAUAUUAUAUUAGUUUAGGUUAAAACAAUAUAGUUUAACAUAAAUAUCCAUAAAAUUAUGUUACAAUAAUACCUUAUAUGUCAGAUCAAUUUUAUAUGGAAGAAACUUAAUGUUAAACAUGUUUAGGAUUACAUGUUGGUAAAUAGUUAAAUUAUGCUUAUUUUGGAAGUUCUUAAGAAAGAGAAAACUUUUAAAAUACUAUAAGAGCUAGAAAAAGUGGAGUAAUUAAUUUAGAUGUAAUUUUUAUUCAUUUUGAAGAGGAUAGUUUAGAUAGAUUAGUUUAAUUUAAAAGAAUUAAAUUAAAAGAAAUUAAUCAAAGAAUUGAAUAAACAGAAUAAUAGUUACAAUAAUUAUAAUCUAUAAAGAAUGAAUUAGAAAUGGAUGUAAUAGAAGGAGAAUUGAAUUCAGCAGUCAAACUUAAAUACAGUAGUUUAAUGAUUUAAUCAUAAUCAAUACUUCAUGAAGUAUCAGGUUUUGAUUCACCAAGUUUCUUGUAAUAAAAAUGA